GCCGUGCGGGCGGCGGCGAGGCGCGGGCGCGGGCACGGCGGGAUGGCGGGGCCCAACGGGGACCCGCACGUGGUGGGCGGCGGCCCCGACGACGACGACGGGGACGGCGGGGACACCUUCGGGGAGGAAGAAUAUGCAGCAAUAAACUCCAUGCUGGACCAGAUCAACUCCUGCUUAGAUCACCUGGAGGAGAAGAAUGAUUAUCUGCACACCUGCCUGAAGGAACUGCUGGAGUCCAACCGCCAGGCCCGGCUGGAGUUCCAGCAGCAGAACGAGCAGCUGAACAUGGGAGCUGAUGGACAGGGCCCCCAGCCUUCUGCCUAGUGUUUGACCACAGACUCUCAGCUAGUGUUGCUGAGGGACUUUUACUGCUCACCAAUUUAAUGUAAAACUUGAAUAGAAGAGGUGCCUCGUGCCUGUUA